AUGAACGUUUCUUUUUUUUCUCUCCCUUCCCCCACCCCCAAGAUAUUUAGAUUCUGCAAAUCAAAAUGUCAUAAAAACUUCAAGAAGAAGAGAAACCCAAGAAAGAUCAGAUGGACCAAAGCAUUCCGAAAAGCAGCUGGCAAAGAAUUGACAGUGGACAAUUCAUUUGAAUUUGAAAAACGUAGAAAUGAACCAGUAAAAUACCAGAGAGAGCUGUGGAACAAGACUGUUGAUGCAAUGAAGAGGGUGGAGGAAAUAAAGCAAAAACGCCAAGCUAGAUUUAUUAUGAACAGAUUAAAGAAGAGCAAAGAAUUGCAGAAGGCAGAAGACAUCAAAGAAGUCAAACAGAACAUCCACCUUCUUCGUGCUCCACAUGCAGGCAAACCGAAACAACUGGAGGAGAAAAUGGUGCAGAAGCUACAAGAGGAUGUGGCCAUGGAAGAAGACUCUUAAAAUGCUUGUAUUUCUUAUUGCAAUUUCCUCAGCAUUUAACAGUUGCUUACUGUUUCACCUGGCUUCACUUGGAGCUGUGCUUGCAAUUGAAGAAAAAUACUUUUUAAUAAAUAGUGGACGCUUAGAGUUUGAAUUAUUUUUGUUGUUAUAAAACAAAAUAAGAUGGAUAACGGUUUGGACAGUAAUUACAGCUAUCUAAUUCAAGAAAACCUUGUCAAUGGGAUGAAAAGUAAAGUAUGUUAUUUGAGAUGUAUUCUUUGUUAUCCAGAAAGAAAAUGUAAUUUUCCCUUUUCCUGAUAAAAGAAGUUGCUACUAGACCUUUGUUGUUUUUUCUGUUCUUCCCUGGUGGUAAAAGCAGGUGAGAAUGUAUAGUAAUGGUAACAGGCUGGAGGAGGUUCUAUUAUUUUUCUUCAGUGCAAUGGAGAUUUAUUUUCACUCUGGUCUUUGGGAAAAUUGUUCAGUUUGUUAUGAAUGCAGACUGCAUUUUUUUAAUUUCCUCUUAAAGUCUGUCUCCUCAAGAUUACAGUGCAGAUGACAUCUACACCUAGCAAUGCUACCUUGUAUGUAGGACUUACUGACAUUUGGAAAGUAGUAAUGGUGAUCACAUCCAGCCUGGAGUUGAAACUGCCAUCUUCCUGAGCUGCUUAAAUUCAAAUUUGACUUACAAUAACAAUGAUUGAGCUGCUGAAUAAAUCACACUUCUAACUGUUUUUUCCUAAUGCUCAGGAUUAUUUUGAUAGAAGGGAAACUCAUGUUAAGCGGAGGUAUUUGCAUAUCAUGGCAGCAUUUGUGCAGUGUUCAUCAGUACCGAGAUACAUACUUUGCUGUUUAUCCACAACUGUGUGAUUAGAGAAGCCUUUCAAAAGUAUUUAAAAUAACAUUUACUUGUCAGUGCUAAUUGCCCUGUAAAAUAAUAAUUUAUGGUUCUGUUCUGAAUUUGAAUAUGUCCUGUAUCAGUUGGUAAACCUCCUACCGCCUACUUGUGUAUUGUGUGCCUCAGGAAAGUUGUGUUUGAACGUGGUAAGAGAGGCAACGGGGAGUGUGUGAAAUAAAUGGGUAUUAUGCUGUGUUUUUCA